AUGACCGAUUUUUUGAGGAAUUUGCCUAAGCCCAAGAGGAGGCCCUAUGACUACGCCGAUGAGGAAGACGACGAAAGGAGAAACGAUGGAAGGACAGACGACGGAAGGACAGACGACGGAAGGAGAGACGACACGAAGAAGGGCCACGGAACCCGAGGUGAUGGCAAGAAUCAGUGUUAUGAGUACCUAAAGAGGAAAUACCUGCGAAUUACCUGCAACGAAGACUUCCAAGGAGGAGGAGCCUACCCAGAGAUCCACGUCAACCAAUACCCAAACAACAUGGGCCUUCCAGAAGGUGGGGUCGGGAGAAAAAGUACAAAAGGAAAUGUAGUACUAAAGUACCUAGACGAAAAUAACAACGUAAAGUAUGACAACCUAAUAAACGAAGAUGUACACAUAUAUAAUAAAGAAUUAGAAUCCCUAGAACCAAAUGAAAGAAUUCAAAAAUUAAGAAAAAAAAAAAUAUUAUCAGAUGCACAAGAUAGAGAAGAAAAGUUUAAUGAAUUACCCAUCUGCAAACCAAAUGAAGAAGAAGAAAAUGAAAUCAUAAACAACACAAAAAAAAAUAUUGAACAAAUGAUGAAUGAAAAAUUUAAAAAUAAUCUAGGUAAUAAAAAGGAAGAUAAAUUCUUCAGAUAUAUUCCUCAAAAUAAACUUAAUGCAAAUUUAGAAGAAAGAAUUAUUAAAGUCGUUCAUAAAACAGUAGACCCAUUAGAUGUUUCAAAAUUUAAACAUAAAAAAUUACCGAAUAUAAAAAACUCACCAGACUAUCCUUUGUUAAGAUCUCCUACCAGAAAAAUUAAUAAAGAAGAGGAAGAGAAUUGGAAAAUCCCUCCCUGUGUCUCCAACUGGAAGAAUAAUAAAGGCUAUAAUAUUCCUCUCGAUAAACGAAUACAAAGUGACAAUAAAAAAUUAAACCAGGUGGAAGUUAAUGAAAAUUUUGCACACCUAAGUGAAUACUUAUACGUGGCGGAGAAAAAAGCUAGAGAAGAAAUCAAAAUGAGAAACAGCAUCAUUAAACAAAAAAAAUUAAAAGAAAAAGAAGAAAAGGAAAAUGUCUUACGAAACUUAGCCAUACAAGCAAGAAAAGAAAAAGGACUUGCACAAACACAAAACUCCAUUCUCAACGAAAGAAAAAGAGAAAUCGAGAGAGAUUAUCGCAUUGAAAAAAAUCUUAAAAAAAUUAAAAAUUAUGAAAAUAGACUCAUUGAAGAACAACUUGCCCUCAAUAAAGUCAAUGUUAGUAAAAACAGCAACAUACAUGAUGUUAGCCUUUUCAACAUUAACAGCCAAAAUGACGAUGGCAACAAUCAACUCGCUUCUAACGAUGAUGACCUGUACCAGAUUUACGACACAUCCUUGUUCAACUCUAAACAGAGUAACAAUAUUUACAAAUUCUCCAACGAACGGGUCAAGAAGACGCUACAAAAAAUGGAGACCACGCAAAGUACCUCCGAGCCAGUCAAAUUUAUAAAAGAAAUCUCCGACCCCUUCGGCCUGGACAGCCUACUCUCCCAGGCCAAGAAGAAGUAG